CUUUACAGCGCUAGAUUCAAACAGCAGAGCAAGAACGCAGCUGAAGCAAGAAAAGGAGAAGCUGAGGAGAGACUUAAGUGAGCCAAAGGAACAAGAAAAGUGGAAGAAUAAGAAACUUAUUUACUUCUACAACAAGCUUCAUUAGACAAUAGAAUUCUUAUCCUUAAGUUUUACAGAAGUUGUAAGGUCAAAAUGAUGAGCAGCAGAGUUAUCUUCGCAACAAUUGUGGUGCUCCUGGCCCUUUUGACUAUGAGUGAAGGAAUGAGUCUGGGGGUGGAGAAGCACUGCCGCUGCAUCCAGACAGAGAGCAAACCCAUCGGCCGCCACAUUGAGAAAGUCGAGCUGAUUCCUGCAAACUCCCACUGCGAGGAGACUGAAAUCAUUGCCACUCUGAAGAAGACAAAGCAAGAAGUUUGCCUUGAUCCUGAGGCUCCAUGGGUUAAGAGAGUCAUUAAUAGGAUCAUGUUAACAAAAAGACGCUGAGCUGUCCAGGAGAGGAGUGUGUGUGGAAACUUUCUGUUUAUGACAUACCAAACAGUAUUUAUUUUUGUAAGGGGAUGAUUUAAUCACAACAUCUCAUCCCAUUUCAUACUGAAGGGCUGCUUAUUGUCCUGGUCAGUUAUUGCAAACUUGGAAUGGCAUUUAACAGAAUGAGUAUGUUUGUAUCAAACACUUAUUUAUUUAGAACUAUGUCAGUGUUGGUUUGAAUGUUACUUGUGUGUUAUUGCUAGCUUGUCUUUUUAAGAAGUGUUAAACAUAUUUAUUUAUGUAUUUAUGAUAUGUUAUUUCAUUGGAUUCAAUUGCUCUGUCUUUUGACACUGUAAAUAAAGUACAACUGUAAAUUAAA